AUGUUAGGAAACUGUACAACGCGCCAUACAACUCCACUUUCUCCUCCGUCACAUCCGUCGCCGCCUCGUCUAGUGCCUCCCUCCCUGACGAACAGAACAUCGGUAGCCUUGUCAUCUCUGAGGGACAAACGAUUAUUUUUCUUGAGAGAUAUCGCGGAGUUGAGCAAACGGCAGAAGACAGGGAUUGUGAGUGAUAGGAAGAGGCAGAAGGCUGAGGAUGGUGCUACUGAGGAUUAUUACAGAGAAGUUGUUUUCGAUGAAGGUGAUGAUGUUGAAGAGGAAGAUUUUGGUUUGGAGAGAAAGCGUUGUUUAUUUUCUUCUUUUUUGUUUUUUACAGUAUCAAUAACCAUGCUUAAUAAUUUCAAUCUAGGAAACCAAAGUUUCUCUUUAACAAUAAUAAUUAUUUAA